AUGACCACUACCCCUGGCUUAGGGGAAUGGAAACCCUUUGGGAAUGGACUCGGUCGAGCUAGGCAAACUCGACCGAUUGGUCAAGGAGAUGCUCCAAACCGCCACCAACAGAGACAAGGGAUUGUUCCACCACCAGUGCAGAACCACAACUUUGAGAUCAAGCUGGGAAUGAUCAACCUUGUCCAGAACAAGAUGUUCCAUGGAUUGCCAAGUGAAGACCCCAUUGACCACCUUGAUGAGUUUGAUAGGCUUUGUGAUUUGACAAAGAUCAAUGGUGUCUCUGAAGAUGCCAUCAAGCUGAGACUCUUUCCUAUGUCUCUAGCUGACAAAGCUCACCAAUGGGAGAAGAGCUUGCCCCAUGGCACAAUCACCACUUGGGAUGAAUGCAAGAAGGCCUUUCUUGCUAAGUUUUUCUCCACCGGUCGCACAGCCAAGCUUAGAGGAGAGAUAUCCAGCUUCAUCCAGCGAAACAAUGAGACAUUCGCAGAGGCUUGGGAGAGGUUCAAAGGCUACACAAGUCAGUGCCCACACCAUGGAUUCAACAAUGAAUCACUACUCUCCACUCUUUAUAGAGGAUGCUUGCCUAGGUAUAGGGAGAUGCUAGACACAGCUAGCAAUGGGAACUUCCUCAACCAGGAUGUAGAUGAUGGCUGGCAACUUGUGGAGAACAUAGCUAACUCAAAUGGAAGCUAUGGAGAAGAGUAUGAUCGCACCAACCGGAGCUCGACCCACCACUCGAUCGAGUCAGACGAAAAGUUGAGAAAAGAUGUUAAGGCAUUGAAUGAGAAGUUGGAUAAGCUGAUCCUAGCUCAGUCCACAAUGAAGAAAGUCAACUUUGUGUCUGCUGAGGAGAUGGAACCAGUCCAAGAAGGGGAGGAUACACAAUUUGCUGAGGUGUGCUACAUGAGCAAUGGGCAAGGAGGUUACAACAAAGGAUACUAUAACUACAAGUCCAACCCUGCCAUGUCAUACCGCAACACUGAUGUUGCUAACCCUCAGGACCAAGUAUAUCCUCAACAACAAGCAGCUCGAUCGAGUCAGGUGCCACAACAUGGGCUUCCCCACCAACCGCCCCAGCCUGCACCUUCACAAGAGAAUGAGCUCAAGGCAAUGCUAAAGCAACUACUUCAAGGGCAAGCUGAUGGGGUAGUGGACACAAGCAAGAAGCUAGCUGAAAUAAACUCUAAGAUCGAGAACCUCAACACAAGGGUUUACUCUCUGGAGAAUCAUGCUUCUUCUGUUGCUGCUGCUACAAAGCAAGGACAACUACCUGGUAAAGCUAUUCAGAACCCCAAGGAACAGUGCAAGGUCAUCUUCACUCAAGAAGGACUUGUUGAAGAAGAGGAUCAAGAAAGGGUCAUUGAAGAUUUUUGUUUACUGCUGAAUGAUGAAGAGAUUGUUGCUGCUGAGGCUCCUGGAGUCCAGAUUGAUCAACCAGAAGUGCAUGCACCUACUGUGGCCAUUCACACUUCACCAGUUGAGCUCGCACGACAAGCUCGAUCGGCAGCUCGAUCGAGUCCAACUCUAGCUCGAUCGAGUCCGACCUCUUCUGUCCGAAGCCUGUUUUGCUUGAUCCUUACCAACCGGUUGCCGCUUCCUCGUCUCGCCUACUUAGUCAAGGUCACAAGGAAGUGA